AGUUGUGACUAGAAAAAUAUUACAUCCAUCUCAAGUACUCCUUUCAAAAAAGGAUAACAAUGAAUGAAGGAAAAAUAAUGAAGAUUCAGAAACAAAUGUUAGAAUCAUCUGUUCUCAUGGUACCUGUGACAUUUGUGGAAGAAAUACUAAGUGCAUUCCUGUCAAAAGUCUUAAGCUUAAAUAAUGGCGGAAGUCCAAAACACAGAAGAUGUUUAUCAAGAGCUGAAAUGAAUGAAAUUGCUGAGAACCUUAAACAGUCCAUGGAACAAGGGUUGUCCAAACAUAAAAUCUAUCUUGUGGCAGUCACCGAUGAACAAGAUCUAAAUCCAGAGUAUGAAGAAACUAUCAAUCAAGUUGUUCAUUCUGUUUACAAUAAUAUUUUACAAAAAUCUGGAUCUGUGCAAGACAUUUAUGAUGACAUAACAGGUUGCAGGAAACACUUUCCUCAAGAAGUGGCUACUGUAAUAAUUGAGGAAAUCUCCAGUUGCCCCCUUUUACAGGCUGCUAGUGACAGUCCAUCAAUGUUGAGUAAAAGGGUUAUGAAGCCAAGCAGAAUUGCUGACAAGGUUUUUGCACGAGUGUCUAUUAACACAGAACCUAAAACAGCAACUUCUGGAAAGCCGAUCACAGAUGAAACUGCAAAUAAGAACCCAGCAGAAACAGAGGACCUGCCUGUGAAAAUAAUCCCUUAUCUUAGAAAUAAGCCUUUACCCAUAGAUCCAAACUUGGUUUCAAACCAUUUAGCAGUUAUUUCUAUAAAAACAGAACCUCUUGAGGAACUGAAAAAAAUAUGCUUCGCUCAAACUGGGCAUAGCCUAAGAGACAUAAGAAGAGCAUCAAUGGCUGGGAAAUAUUGUGAAGAUGAAAUUAGAAGACUUGAGGCAGGGAGAAAAAAAGGCAGAUGUUUCUCUGUGGGUAACUCAGGACGACUAGAUGUAAGACCAAUGGAGCCCUUCAGCAGGAACUCAUUUCAGAAUGUGCUGGAGCCUGACAUCACUCGAGUGGAACUUCUGAAAGAUGUUCAGACCAAGGAAGACCUUGUUGUACGACUGGUAGUCCAUGAUAUUGAGAAUAAUAAGGACGAAGAGCAGGUGGUUGUAAAUCUGAAAGCAGAGGAUUGGGAGUACGAUGAAGAGGAUGAUGAUGAGAUGCAACAGGAAGAGGAGGAAAAGGAGAUCUCUGAAGACAUUAUAAAAGUUGAGUCCUCUCAUCUGAUGAUGAGUCUAUUGACUUCAUCCAUGGACAAUGAACAGUUAAGUGUUGAAGAAUUUGAAGAAGCAUCAUCAGCAUUUCAAGCACAGCACAAAAGUACUUGUGCUAGCCUGUGCCAUACCAGGGAUACAAAAGCUUCUGCACACAGCUCUAAGGUGGAUGGUGCAAGUCCAAGCUCUCACAUCGCUAGUUCCAUGAUCAGGUGCUGCUUUAACUGUUUUCGUUCAAACCGGCAAAAGACACCUUUAAGGAAAGAUACAAAAUAAGAGGUGGUUGAAGAUUACAUAGCUUUGACAUGUUUA